CCUGUGAGUCCGGAGGUUUCUCUCCGCCUCAGUCGGUGGUGAGUCUGAUGAAGAAGCGUCCUGAUGAACCGCUGAAGGCUCCUGGUUUGAUUUCUAGUACGUCUCAUUGAGGAUUUACGUGCAUGAAAAAGCCAUAAAACUUUUUGAAAUCUUGUUUUUCUCCACGCGCUGUUUGCUGACUUUGAAAGUCUGCCGCGCGCAUUUACGCACAGUCUGACGCAGCACGUGUAGGACCAAACAGAAGACCUGAGGAAUAUUUCAGCGAGUUCACGACUUGGCCCUUGGCCCUGACACUGUUGACGUUUCCAUGGAAACCAUGGCCUCUGUUUGGGCCCGUGACCUGUGUGAUCUCAGCGACCUCGGAGACAAAUCAUCUGUGUGGGAGUCUCAGUGUGUUUUGAAAAGCUCUUCUCCUGCUGGUCUGAUGUGGACUGAGCAGCUCUCCCCUCACCUCCAGAGAAACAAACAGCUGCAGGACACUCUGCUGCAGAGGGAGGAGCAGCUGGCCAGACUGCAGGACGAGAACAACAAACUCAGAGAGUUCCUCAACUCUUCUUUUGUGCGGAACCUGGAGCAAAAGGCAAAGAAACUGACCACUGAUGGGAGGAGGAAGCUGAAGAGAAACCUGAUGAACGUUGAUGACAGAGCUUUCCAGAACCGCAGUCAUGAGGUUCUAACCUCCCAGCAGGUCAGCAAGAGAGUCUGUAGGAACCUCACUACCGAGUUCUGCUCCGAGUCCUCUCAAAACUCAGAACCAAACCUGGACCUCUGGGUUCUACGAACGCUGGGACUGAAGGACCGAGACACCAUCGACACGUCGUCCAAUGACUCGUCGUCCGGGUCCAGCCUCGGGAGUUUAGUUCAUGACGCUGCAGUCUCCUCUUCCUCGUUCUCUGAGUACGCUCUCAACGCCUCCGUCAGCCCUUCAGGCCCAACUUUUCGUUAACUAUAAUAACCUUGGUCUACACCUUCUUCUGUCCACAGCUACUGCCAAAGGUCGACACAGCAAACUGAUUGUAGGUACAGUACUGCCCAACGCCAAGAAGCAAACUGCUGUAAUCCUUCCAAGUCUCCUCAGAGCUGCACAACUUCUCCAUGUCAAAACUCUGACCUCACUGUAAUCAUUACAACUGCCUUCCAGACUCCACCACUAUCACAAGAACUACCCUUUACCCAGUCACCAGGCAGACCAGAGAUCAGUCAAGUCCAAACUUUGGAGGGAAACCCAGCAAACCAUGCGGCCUACUGGCCACCAUCACAGGACACAAUACAGUUCAGUCCACCAGGAGACCAUGGAGUCCCUUUCUCCCCCAUCUCGUCUUCAAGUCCAGUCACCAACCAGCUGUGGACACCUGUCCGUAGCGUCUGUCCUACGAGUCCGUCAGAGGUAUCUCAGCCCCCCGCCACGCCUCAGACGCCUCGCAGCCGGACAGAUUUGGCGUUCAGUAUGUCCCUCAACCCGUCCAGCAGCGUCAAGACCCACAGCUUCCCCCAGGGACAAGCCUUCAUCAGGAAGAACACCGAGGGACGCUGGAACUUCACCUGGGUGCCCAGACAAGGACCAUAGGCAGCUCAGAGAAGCUCCAGGAUUCGUCUUGUUAACUGAACAAGUGUCCCAGGCCAAACUGUCAGGACUCUAAGUUCAUGUUGAACUUGUUGAUGAUGAACUUGUUGCUGUCUCCUAAGACUUUGUUCAUUGUGAUAUUUUGAUUAUACCGGACAAUGGAAGCAGUAGAACAAAGGCUAGAAAAGACCCUGAUUUCCACCGGGUGCGUUACUGCAGCGUCACGUCAGCGUUGCGUACGCCGUUGCAAAUAGGUAACACUCUAAUCAAUAAGAGCGUUUCCACCGGGCGCGCUGCGUAACGUUACAGCAGCGUCACGUCAGCGUCUCUACGCGAGCAUUAUGUAGGACUUCUAUUUCUCCGCGAGACGCUGCCAAACCGCGUGAAUCUCAACAGAGCAGAUCGCACCAGACAGGAAGUCCGACUCAGAAUCAGCGUAAAACACUUCCGCCCCUUUCAAAAUAAAACACAAUACGCAGUUCAUGCAGCCUAAAACUACUUCACAUCAACAUUAUGUUAUGACCGGGGCACCAGAUCAUCAAUCAAUCAAUCAAUCAAUCAAUCAAAGGGUCUCAGAGGAUCGGCGACACGGACGACAAGAGACUGAUUGUUUAAGUGGAACAUCAUACAAUCAUUUAUGACAUAACAUAUUGUUUUUAUAAGGAUAGAUGGUCAGAUCAACA